CCCCCGUGCCGGCGGGCCCUGGUCACGUGCAGGGCUCUCGCAGCAGUGUCCCGUCGUCUGACCUACAGCGGUACCCCUUGCCCCGGACACAAGUACAAGCCGAGCGCGCCUCUUGCGGCAGCAGUCGCGCGGCGGCAUAAUUUGGCGAAUUCAGUCGGCGGGCAGCCGAUCUUGUCAGACCAGUCAGUCGCCGGUCGCACUGCAUCGCGCCCGCCGCCGCCGCUGUCUGCCAGCCCUCUCUCCGACGUCUUUCUGUCAAGCCAAAGUUCGUAGCCUCCGUGUCCGCUGUGGCUGUGCCUCCGGUGAUCGGAUUAGUGUUAGUGGCCAGCCCAGCUGCCACCAUUCCUGACCAGAGCAGGCGAGGAGCGUGUCCGCUCGGUGGAGGCCCCGCCUGUCGCCUCUGCCGCGAUAGCACCAUGUCUGUGCCGUUUAGCUUCCACGCAGUCGGCAAGGUUCGCGAGAACCUGGAAAAGGGUGAAGGUUUCACCCGCGGCAAUGCCAAGCCGUCGGCACAGCCGCAGGCCGGCUGGUUCCCCGGCCAGAUGGCCGCUGACCUGCUCCAGUCGUACUCGAGCAAGAUGAUGAAGGCCAUCUGGGGCCAGUACAACCGCUACUCGGUGCACAACUUCAAGUCGAACCAGGCCUUGCCGCUGGUGCUGGCCGCUCAGUCCGAGCCGCUGGGCCGGACUGAGCAGGCGGCGGACACUGCGUCCGCCGCCGCCGGUCUCCUGUCCUCCCAGUGAGGACACUCACAGGAGACAAUGAGACAGCAUGCAGGCAGUCAGGACCAUGUAUAUCAUGGUCCCGACAACAAGCCUGCAUUAGAGAAUGACGUGAGAAGAUCAAAUGGUCACUGCAAGAACGGCAUCAACGAUCGACUGAAACGCUGGUCCGGUAACCGAUGCAAUAAUUUCCAGAUAAGAAUUUCCGUCCGCACAUAGCAAUUGUAUUCCGCUAGUUAAUGACGUUGAAGCUGUGCAAUGCUGUGUACGCCUCUGCCUAGAGAUGAUUCCACAUGAAUAAGGGAGUCUGUGGAUCACAAAUAGCUGCCUUCCACUUUUUAUAGUAGCCUAGUAUAGAAGGUAUUGGUUUUGGUGGCCCACGUGGCGACAAACUGCUUGGUGCUGUAUCUUUUCAAAGUUGUGACUGUUUCACUGUGUUACUCAGCCUGUUUAGUGCAAAAGUGUAAGAGCAUCAUGCUCAUGUGCUCGCAAAGAUAGUGUUUGCUAGGUGCCAUGUCGUAACGCGCUAAGAUGUGUGUGAGAUAACACCGAAUAUAGUUAUAAUGAAUACAACGGAUUCAAACCA